CAGAAACACUAACACAGUGUGCACUGUAUUUGAAUAUGAGUACCAUUCCAUCUGCACAGAAUACACAACUAUAGAUAUACAUACAGACUACAGAAAGAAAUUGCAGCAAGAUAUACAGCAUGACAUUCCAAAUAUCGCUGUUUUUGGCAUUGACAGCGUACAUACUACAAUCUUCAUCGGCCCUGAUCACACACAGGUCAGCUGCGGAGAUAGCCGAGUGCAUAGCGAAGUAUUCGCCUGACGCUACUGUAUAUGGCCAAUCCGACAAUGCAUUCUACCAGUCGUACAUAGGCACCAAUCUUGCUUUUGAGGACGAGAAACCCGAGCUGGUAGUGAUUGUUACGUCCGUAGAGGACAUCAAAGCAGGAGUUAAGUGUGCCAUAGAACUUGGCGAGGAAGUAGUAGUUCGAAACGGCGGUCAUUCGUUCGCGGGCUAUUCCUACACCUCUGGAAUCAUGCUUAAUCUCGAUGCGUAUAAUGCCAUUGACUUCAAUAGAGUAUCCAAUGAAGUAACUGUGCAGUCCGGUAAUAGGCUGGGACGCGUGUACGGUGCUCUGAUCGAAGAAUCAGAGCGAUCGGGGAACACUCAGGUGGUGGGCGCGGGUACUUGUCCUACUGUAGGGGCGUCGGGACACACACUGUGUGCAGGGUGGGGUAUGUUUGGUCGCAAAGUGGGAUAUAUAGGUGAUCAGAUAGCCUCUAUAGAUCUAGUAAACGCAACAGGUGAGUUGAUUACUGUCAGCGAGACAGCUAACAAGGAUCUAUUUUAUGCUCUAAGAGGCGGGUGUAGUUCGUCGUUUGGGUUCAUUGAAUCGAUCACAUUCAGGAUGACAACGCUCGACACAGACCGAUUUGUGUACAUCGAUACACGUGUAUAUGACAUUGACAAUGUUGUGCGGGUGGGUAACUGGUUCCAACAGUAUGGUCCAGAGGACGCACCGCCAGAGCUGACCAUUCAGUGGACCUUUGGUAUUGGAGGUGGGGUACCGUACGGGCGUAUUCGCGGGCUAUUCUUGGGUUCUGCGACAGUCGCAAAGAAAGAGCUUCUAGCCGAUUGGGAGGCAGGCUUUGACGGUAUAUAUAAUCAGUCAGAGGUGGAAGAUAUGUUUGUUGAAUAUGACUACCUAGGAGCCGUCAAUGAGUUCACUGGACUGGCGAGUAAUGGUGGGCCGUACAGUGCACUUGAGCUUAUGGCGACCGACGAGUUGGAUAGAGAAACUGUGUUCUACAAGAAUAGUUAUCUCCAGUUCGAGGUUAUCAAUGACCGCCAGGCGUACGUCAAAAUCUUCAACCAUUUUGAGGAUGGCAAUCUAGACUUCUUGCAGUGGAAGUGCAUGGGAGGCGCCGUGGAUAUCCGAGACGGAAAGGAAAUGGGCAGCGUGGAUCGAUGGGAUCAACGAUCACCUGUCAUCAGGGGUCAACGUAUACAGACACACUACGGUCUUACCGCUAAAAGCUGGCAGGAUUACGAGGAUGUCAAGGCCAGAGUUACAUUGGCUGAGCAAGACUUGGUCCCUGAUUGGGUCUCAGGAGAUCUGUGGCGGUACCCAGGGUAUCUGGUUCGCGAAUAUUCGGAUAAUGCCACAGGACCAGAGUAUUUUGGUGCGGAGAAUACGGUGAAGCUGGCUGUGAUCAGACGGACAGCAGAUCCCGAGGGCACUUUAUUGGCUCUAUCUGCUAAAGACUUGUACAAAGCCACUUAAACGAAUUUUAAAACAGGCCAGUUUCUGGAUUAGAUUGUUUUCAAAUGUAUUUUAUGUUAUGCAUGGUAGCCGCUUUUGUCGUGCAAGCACAUCUGGGAGGAUCAUUGUUGACAGUGAAGAGGGCCUAUCAGGAUCACUUGGCAUCGAUGGACGGAAUAGGGACGAAGCUUCUCAUCAGCCACAAUACGAAUCAUAUUUUACACUCCUUCGAGCACUUAAGUCCUCGGGCCAGUGUUAAGUGUAGGGAAAGAAUUAGAACAAGUAAUGAGUGAAACCAUUCCGAGAACAAAUAGAAAGGAAGAAAACGCUCAGAGAAUAUAUAUAUAUUUACAUCAGAUACAAAGGUAGAAAUCAUACAGAGAUGGAAUUUAAUAAAAAUCGAAGGAG